GCCCACUCUUCCAAAUCGACAUGAUCGGCACGCCGUCAGUCUCUAGUUCUCUUCUUCCAUGCUUCGUCUACCUCGUCUAGUCUUCUUCCGUUCUUCGUCUACCUGGUGGCUGGUUCUAUUUUUCUCACAAUCUCACUGUAAGUUGAGCUGAGCACUUGAGCCUCUGCCUCUAGGUCAUCGACUCAUGUUCGUGAAUCGCAAAGGGGCAAAAAUCUGAAAAUCAUGAUUUGAGUCUUUGACUAUUUCAAUUUGAGUCUAAUUAUCAAUAUAUAUUUGGGCAAUUGGCCAAUUGAAUUCAUUGAUACAAGCAACUAAGCAAGGAGACAAUAACUGCAAUUUGAGUCUUUGACUAUUUCAAUCUAAUUAGUCUGAUUAUCAUUAUAUAUAUGGGCAAUUGACCAAUUGAAUUCAUUGAUACAAGCAACUAACUAGCAAGGAGCCAAUAACAGAUUGAAUUGAUCUGUUAGUCUCUAUCAAUGGAUAAAUUUGUCACCAAAGUUAAGCGUACAACAGUGGAGUCAUCUUCACCCAUGACAUCAAAGAAAGGUCGUGUGGAGAUCGAUUAUGAAAAUCUUCCUACAGACCUGGGGUUACGAUGUUCAAUAUGGGAUUAUGGCCCUAAUGAUAUAGAUCGCGUUAGGCGUUCAUACUUACAGAAGGGUCCUUGUCAACCCAUUUGCCAUGAAUUUCCACAAACCCUUAUGAUGGAUGAAUUAAGAAGGUUCAAUAAAGAUUGGUUUGAACAAUAUUCUGAUUGGUUGGAGUACAGUGUAGCAAAGGAUGCAGCAUAUUGCCUCUAUUGUUAUCUUUUCAAACCCAAAAGCAAUCAAGGUGGUGGAGAUGUAUUUGUUGGUGUUGGGUUUAGCACUUGGAGGAAGAAAGAGAAGUUUGACCAACAUGUUGGGAAACAUAAUAGUGCUCAUAAUCAAGCAAGAAGAAAGUGUCAGGAUCUCAUGAGUCAGAGACUUGCUGCAAGUAUUUCUACUUUGUUCACUAGUAACACAAAUAAAUGCAGAAUUGAAUAUCAAACUCGCUUGAGUGCGGCUAUUGAUUGUGUACGAUUUCUCUUACGACAAGGUUUAUCAUUUCGAGGUCAUGAUGAAUCUGAAUUGUCAACAAAUAGAGGAAACUACUUGGAGCUAUUUCACUGGCUUGCUGAUCACAAUCAGAAAAUCAAUAGUUCCUCUUUUGAAAAUGCUCCUAAAAACUCUCAGUUGGUUUCGUCGGAUAUUCAGAAGGAUCUUUGUAUUGCUGCUACUAUUGAGGUCACCAAUGCCAUUAUCAAGGAUAUUGGAGAAGCACCAAUUACUCUUUUGGUUGAUGAAUCUCGAGACAUUUCAACCAAGGAACAAAUGGCAGUUGCUUUGAGGUAUGUCAACAAAAAAGGAAUGAUAGUAGAGCGUUGCAUUGGUAUUGAGCAUGUUGCUAACACCACGGCUAUCUCACUCAAGGCUUCCAUUCAAAAAUUAUUCUCUCGACACAAGUUAAGCUUAUCAAGCUUGCGUGGUCAAGGGUAUGAUGGAGCGAGUAACAUGCAAGGUGAAUUUCGUGGUUUGAAAGCACUUAUAUUAAAUGAGAAUCCUUGUGCUUUUUAUAUUCAUUAUUUCGCUUAUCAACUUCAAUUGACUCUUGUUGCCAUUUCAAAAAAUCAUGCUCAAGUGGAGUUUCUUUUUGAAAUAACUUCAAAAAUCAUGAAUAUUGUUGGAGCAUCUUGCAAAAGAAAAGACAUUCUCUUAGCUAAGCAACAUGACAGAGUACUUGAAGCAUUAAAGAAAGGAGAGAUUCUUAGUGGAAGAGGUUUGAAUCAAGAAAUUAAUUUAUAGCGACCGGGUGACACUCGUUGGGGCUCACAUUACGGUACGUUAAUUAGACUCAUUUCUAUGUUUUCUUCUGUGAGUGAGGUACUUGAAAUCAUAAUGGAUGAUGGAAUAAGUUCUGAACAAAAAAUUGAUGCUGAAGUUUUGUUGGAGAUAAUGCACUCAUAUGACUUUGUGUUCACUAUGCAUUUGAUGAA